AUGCUGAACGCCUGGGUCUGCGGCACACUCACCUUGACCUUUGGCCUGCUUUCCAGUCUCCAAGGAGUAAGCUUCAAUGAGACUGUAAACACAUGUGACAUCCUAAACUGCAUCCAAGGAUUCACAUGCUGUGAGAAUGACUGCUGCCCAGAAAGAAAGUUCUCGUUCCCUGCAAAUAACCCCUUCAUGAUCGUGUUCAUCAAUGUAUGCAUCAUGCUACCCCUUUUGUGUGUCUGUGCUCUAGUGAAGCACUUCUGUCCCAAGUGCAGAGAGCUGCAGCAUGAAUUCAGGACAGUGGAUCAUCAGACUCCUCCAGAACCGCCCUCCAUUGCUCCCCUAGAGAGCAUUAGGGACACCUCUUUGGAUCCACCACCACCCUACAGUCAGGUUGUUCUGCCGCCAACUCCCACAGAACCACCUCCUCCUUACAGCCUCAGGCCUGAGGGCCCUGCUGGCCAGAUGAGAGGGCAUGCCUACUCAACCCUUUGA